CGUCGCAUUUGAACAAUGAGCAGAACAAAGAUGGCUACUGGUACACACCGUUUUUACUUUCUGUUUCCCUUCGUUUUGCUCUCGAUCUUGCGGUCUAGUUUCGCGGAUAAAUCGUCGGGUAUCCUAGAUGAGUGUAAGGAAAGCUGUGAGCGGAGCUACCCAUUACAUACAUACCCAAAGGAAGAACCUUCUCUUGCUUGUAAACAAGGUUGCAGGCUAUCGGCUAUAGCACAACUGAAGGCUGGUUACUCAACCUCCGAAAAUUUUACAGCAGUCUGCAUAACAGGUUGUAGAGAAAGUUAUGAAGACAGCGAAAGCCUUUAUGCCUGUGUUGUUGGAUGCAAGUCACAACCUCUCAUCCCUUCCCCAAAGACAUACCUGGAGGAAAGAAUUCCAGAUCAGUGGAGUUUCAGGACAUACAUGGUGUAUGUGUACCCAGUCUUGGACGUCAGCAAGUACUGCCGUGGGUUCAUGAACAGAGUUGGUUAUUACUAUAGGAUGUCUUCGUCCUAUUAUUACAGCUAUGGAGAUAGCAAUGGUGUCAGCAUUAUUGAAAUUAAUGAACCAUCACAGGAGUUUAUCACGAUUCAAAAGUUUGAUGAAAUAGACAUUGUCGAGAAUGAUGAUCCACAAGUAGGCAGCUACAGUGAUGACAAUGAUGAUUCCUACUCUGGUACUGUUGUUAAGAGAGGACACCAGUGGCUUCAGUGUGUUUCGGAGCGUUCAGGCCUUCCCUUCUGGCUGUUAACAUCUACUCUAUUUUUGUCCAUUUUCUUCUUAAUAUGGUUAUGUUGUGCUACAGCAACUACCACUCCAAGAGAAAAGGGCAAGGCUGCUGUUGUUGGUGAGCUUAUGUUCUUAGAUGAUGAUAGUCUGUUGGAGAAAAUGCCACUGGUUAAAACUGAUGAGAAUGAGGAUGCUGGCCCACUCCCUGUCAAACUACACAUAGAUGCAACAGUGUUGUAAUGGAAAUUUGAUCAGCAAGUGAUAUCCCUCUGUACAAUGAUAUUGUGAUCCAUAGAGUGAAAAAUAGCAAAAAAUGGUCAAAGUUUACUACUAUACAGAGAACGUGUAGUGGUCAUCUUGCCUCAAGAAAAAGUGUCUGAAUCAAUUAAUCCUUUAUUCCUUUUAAUCCUCUUUCAUUACAGAACGUGAUCAUGUUUGCCAAAAAAAAUUUGUUCCUGCACAAGUUUACUUUUGAUGUACUCUUUCAUAAUUAAAAUGGAUUACCUGUAUCAAUGAAUCACAAGAAUUCAAAGAAAGGUGGCUUAGUUCCCAGCAACUUGCAACAGGAUGUGUUUUUUUUUUUGUUUUUUUGUUUUUUUUGUUUUUUUUUUUCUUUGCACACGAAUGGUACUUGUAUCUGGAAUAUUUUCCAUAUUUAAAUGUUCACGGACUUUGAAUGAGAAAAUUUCAGAAGCUACAGUGAUUAGAAUUUGGUAUAAGAACGUUGUCUUUGAAACUCACUUAGAUUUUAAUGUCUAGAAAGGAGUGAAUCUGUAGUUUUGGAAUUAAUCCAGUUUUUUUUUAUUCUGUAAAUGAAUUCAACAAUACAGCUGAGUUAAUGCAUGGUGGGAAGGGAGGUUUGAGUUGAUAACUUUAAUAACAGAUUUGUUUACUGACAGUACAUAUUUUGAGCUUAAGAACAUGCUCAGGAUAAUUCAAGGUUAUUAGAGGUUACGUUCUUAGAUAGUUCCUUUCUUGGACGAAGUCACAUAUCCAACAAAUAACCCUAAGGUCAAGGGAUAAAGAUACCAGAAAAUUUUCCUUGAUAAUAAUUUGUACUUUGUCAAUCUGAUAACUCAAUAGUUUGUACGCAGUAGAGUGUUGUAACUUUAAAUGAAGAUGUUUUUAUUUAAUUA